AUAUGGAUACAGUUACAGUAUAAAAGGCAACGAGAGAGCAUCGGUCUCACCAGUUGGAGAUACUGUCUACUUUCCUGAGUUUGGACUGUCAGGAAACGACACGUAAGAAAAAAUAUGGCUGCACUGCAACUCUGUACUGUGCUGCUGCUUUUGUGUGUCUCAGUAACUUCAGACCCAGUCAGGAUCAUAGGAGGUCAGGAAGUCAAGCCAUACUCAAUCAAAUAUCAGGCAUCCCUGCAGACUGAGACAGGACAGCACUACUGUGGAGGAACCCUGGUGCACCCCCAAUGGGUGGUAUCUGCUGCCCACUGCUGGAGACCGAGCGUUAUGAUGAGGGUGGUGUUAAGCGAACACAGCCUGGUCGAAACAGAGGGAUUUGAACAGAACUUCAAUGUCUCAAAGAUAUAUGUCCACAACUUCAACUACAAGACAUUCAACAAUGACAUCAUGCUAAUCAAACUGAGUGAGCCGGCACUACUAAAUGCUAACGUCCAGCCGGUUGAGCUACCUGACGAAAACACUCCCCAAAUAAGUGGUGUGUGCACAGUGAGCGGCUGGGGCGUGACGCAGGUUUACAGUUACAUCCUCUCCCCGGUGCUGCGUGCUGUGGAUGUGAGAGAAACACCAAACUGCUUUUGGUACUACUGGAGCAGGGUCACUCCCAACAUGAUGUGUGCUGGAUCUCCUUUUGGUGGCAAAGAUUCUUGCCAGGGUGACUCCGGCGGUCCCCUGGUCUGCAAUGGCUACUUCGAGGGCAUCGUCUCCUGGGGUAUAAGCUGCGCAAAUCCGUACUACCCUGGCGUCUACACCAAAGUGAGGAACUACGUCCAAUGGAUCAACUGGAUUAUUAACAAUGACGCACCAUGAACAGUCACCUGUGCUUAUUUACUUUAAAAACCAAACAGCUAAUUCAACAUUAUUUUCAGUGGCCUGUUCUUCAUAAAUUACUGUUACCUUUGUGGUUUUACACCAUUGAAUGUAACUUUACUCAUUUAGUUUAAUUACAAUUUGUAAUGUGAAGGUUUAGUCAUUUCUAAGUAUAUGGUUUCCUGAACGUAUGUUGACAGUAUGCUUAUAAUUAAUUUUAAUUUUCUGGUAGAGAAAUACAAUUCAGAAGAAAAUAUUGUUCAUAUUGUUAUUAUUAUUAUUAUUAUCAUUGGUAGUAGUUUAAGGAGUAGUACUAAUAAACAGUUUAAUAGAUCAGGCUAAUAUCAAUAAUUAUAUUGAAUUAUAUAUUUUAAAUUGAGACAGUUGAUAAUAAGUCAUUUGACUAUGAGCAGCACCUGUCACAUCCAACCUGGUUUCAUUAAAUCCUGUGUAAGUAUAAGAAUAUUGAUUAGCGCAGCUUUAAGGACAUCACACCAAAGCACUGGGUCUCUGAACCAGACUAUACCAGUACGGAAUGAAAGAGUAAAGCUUUCACAGUGACAAUGAACAUGUCUAAUGCUCAGGCCCAUCUGCAUUAUGCUUUGAGUAAUGUCUUACUUUGGCAAUAGAAGAAUAAAAAAGACAACUGAAUG